AGCCAGGGGACAAUAACACGGGCGGGUUUCAUCCUGGGCCCAGCUCAGCGAGUGUCCUCCCUCUGCGCGUCCAUCCUGGCAUUUCACUCGUCCUCGUGACCGUGCCCAGGCGGGUUGCAUAUACCUGUACCCACCUCUGCCUUCCCUCUGCCCUCUUGAGGAUAUUUCAAUUCCUGGUUGCCCGCAGAAGACUAAUAAUGAAACUGUAGUGCGUAGGGGCUUGUAUCUUUUUCAGUGCUGCAGUUGCUGGCUGCUAGCGUGGUGAAAAUUGUAGAAAUUAUAGCGAGGGCAAGCUGUGAGUAUUUGUUCUUUACUGGUAAAUAAAGAUGACAAAUUCCUGUCUCCUGGAACCAAACCAUUGUUUGGAGGAUAGUCUCACUGGGUUUUAUAAAUGUUAUCUGCUUCUGUUGCAUUGGCAACAGGAGAAGGUGAUGUAUAAAGAAGGCUUGUGUAGACCUACCCGUGUGUGUUUUGUAAUAGCUCGGUAGCAGGUCAGUCUAUUAGAAGGGUUUAGCUAUUGGCCAGCACCAAUGGAAAAUGUUAGGAACAAGAAUUGCAAACCACACAAAGAAUUUUUCCUAUUUGUUCAGGGAUUUUUAAUUUUUGCUUUGCAUUGUGAGGCCUGCUCACAUCCGUGCUCAAUUACUUAAGUAAAUCCCAGUGCAGUGCGCGUUGUUUCUCCAGAAGGGCCGGAGCAGGCGCGCUGAGGAGGGGCUGGCUCUGCAGCCCUUGGUCCCUGCUGGAUAAUGCCCCAUUCCCAGGGAGGAUGUGCAUGGAGGAGACUGCCUGGGUGCUUUAUGCUCUGUGUAACAGCAGCGAGAGAGAGAAGCGAGCUGAGUAAGGGCAAAGAAAAAUUCCAAGUGUUGUGAGAGUAGGGAGGCGAAGAUAAAUUUCACUUUUGCUGAUCUCUGUAUUCUGUCCUGCCAACAUCCCUGUGCUUGGAGAAUGGAAGGGAGAGGUUUAAUGGGCACUGUCCUUUAUUUAACCUUAGAGUCCAGUGCCCCAUGGUUCUGAGACAGCAGACGUGACAGUGAGCCUUGAAAUUCUUCGUGUACCAGCUGGGGUGAGAUUCAGCCAUUCAGCUUCAAACUUGUCCUGACGUGAGAAAGAGGCAUUUUUAUGAAAACACGCAGAAGCCAGCAGUUGCACUGAGCUGCAUUAUCAAGAAAUACUUAUAUUCUUCUUUGAUUUUGCACACAGCAAAAAUCAUUGCUAUGUCCUGUCUAUACGUAUAAUUUACCUCAAAGUAGCUGAGCAUAAUUUAGUAGAUUGCUUUGCUCCAAAAGCUUAAAAGCUAAAGCACCUGGAAAAGGCUUGAAAGAUGCUUGAUCUGCUUAAGUUUCAUGCUCAUGCUACAAAGGUGGAGAUGUGAUGCCAUCUAUGGAAACUGGUGCUGGGUGGAGCAGCAGGCAGUAUGUCUCUGUCAGUAAGAAUUAGGAGCUCUUGGAAGAUUAUUAUUAUUUUACUUAUGUUGCACUGGGAGGGAGCUCAUGGCAAAAAAGACAAGCUGAAGUGGGUAGUCUUGGUGUUUGAAGGAACUGUGCUGUAGAAUGGAGACGUGUCAGUCGCUGUGGGAGGGAGGUGAUGGGCAGUGUUCACUUUUGACAGCAACAGUGAAGCACUUCAGUAAGGAUGCAGUUAUUUUUGAAGACUCCAGGCUGGACAUGUCUGAUAACCACUAAACUGAUGCUUCUGGAAAAUAAAGCUUUUUUCCUCUGUGCCUGUUUAUAACCCUCUGAAGUUUGGGCCUUCUACUGCACUAUGGAUCAGCCGGGGCAGGUGAGAAGUCCAGCUUCUGCCCAAGGUGCCAGGGAGGGGCUGAGCAAGGCAGCUGCCCCCCAGAAGAACGCGUACGCCAGGCUCGUGCAAAAGCACCACAGCGGUCGCUUCCAGUCCUACCUGAACCACAUUGCACAGAAGAUGCAGCUGGAAGAAGGCUUCUUCAAUGACCCCAGCCUGGAUCUGGACCUGCCUCUGAGGAGAGGCCUGGGGAAGGAUAAUCCAGCCAGGAAUGGGAUAAACAUGCACAGCUACUCACCAGUCAGAACAUCUCACCUGGAGCAGCCCCUGCCUGGGUUUGAGAAUGACAAACCCCAAGGUGCUCUGAACAGAUGUCCUCUUAAAAAAAAUGCCAUUGUUCGUCCGGAGGGAGACUUGGAUGUAGAGGAGGACUACGAUGUACAUCAGCGUGGAGCUGCAUCUGGCUUGUUAAACAUGAGUGACACCCCUGGUGGGAGAGCAUCAAACAGCCUGAGACACCGAGGGGCUCUGCAGAAAUCUUCUGGUUCUGAUGAGAGGGAGGAGGAGGACAUGUGGAGGAAGAAGCAUAAGAAACGAGGCAGAUGUCCUGCCAACACUGAUAUAGCAGCUGGACACUUGUUGACUGAACAGUUCGGUGGUGAUGUGCUGGCAAUGAAUGCCAGAAAAAACAGUCACUUGUCUCCAGGUCAAGUCCAAGGUGCAGAAAAAAGAGGGUUUGCAAGGACCAGAAACAACUCUGAAUCUGCAAGAACGCCCCAGAACUUCGAUAGGAAGAGGCAACUCUCUGAAUCGCAGACAGAAACAAUGAACAAUUCAGACAGCAGAAUAAAUCCCAGACAACUGGGAACUCCCAGAGGAGGAUCCUAUGCUGCUGUCCCAGCAUCAGCUGACAGGAAGAAUCUAAAUAAACCCACUCGAGGGAGGAAGAAGAGUAUAUUUGAAGCCUACGUGUCAAAGGAAGAUGUUUCAGCAGGACUGAAAAGGGGAGAGCUAAUUCAGGGACCCUUGAGAAUAAAUCCUAAGAAGUACCAUGAAGCCUUCAUUCCAUCUCCAGAUGGGAGUCGUGAUAUCUUUAUUGAUGGAGUGGUUGCUCGCAACAGAGCCCUGAACGGUGACAUCGUGGUGGUGAAGCUGCUUCCCAGGGAUCAGUGGAAGGUAAUAAAGCCAGAUGGUAGUGACAAAGAAACAGAAGUCACACAUGAAUCAGACGUCCCUGAGGAUAUGUUGGGGACUUGCGUUCCACGAGAGACAGCGAAAGGCGGUGCUCAGAGUCCGGAUGUCAUUAUAGAAGCUCAAUUUGAUGAUAAUGAUGCAGAGCAUGGACAAGACCACUUGCAGGAUAUGUUGGCUGAUGACAUUAAGAAACUUUCCCUGGAUACUGCUGAAAAGGGGAAGGCUGCUGGGCUCACUGGUGUGCACAGAACAAAGCAGGAUGAUGGACCCAAGGUCAAUGACCCCAGGCUUCUCCCAGAUGAGUUUCUUCAAAGGACAGCCAAGGUUGUCUAUAUUUUGGAGAAGAAGCAUUCUCGAGCAGCUACAGGUUUCAUCAAACUUCUGGCUGACAGGAACAGCGAACUCUUCAAGAGGUGUGCCAUGUUCUCACCUGUGGACCACAGAGUGCCCAGGGUCUAUGUGCCCUUGGCUGAUUGCCCUCCAGACUUUGUGACCAAGCCCGAGGCCUAUUCACAGAUUCUCUUCAUCUGUCGCAUCGUGGACUGGAAAGAAGACAGCAACUUUGCAUCAGGGCAGUUGUGCAAAAGUCUUGGGCAGGCUGGAGAGAUCGAGCCAGAAUCAGAAGGGAUCCUGACGGAGUAUGGUGUGGAUUUCUCUGACUUUUCCCCCGAAGUCCUGGAAUGUCUUCCCCAGAACCUGCCCUGGGUUAUCUCACCAGGAGAGCUGGCCAAAAGAAGAGAUUUAAGGAAAGAAUGCAUUUUCACCAUCGACCCAUCAACUGCCAGAGAUCUUGAUGAUGCUUUGUCCUGUAAACAACUCCCGGACGGGAAUUUGGAAGUGGGAGUCCACAUCGCAGAUGUGAGCUACUUCGUACUGGAAGAAACAGCCCUGGAUAAAGUAGCAAGUGAAAGGGCCACCAGUGUCUAUCUGGUGCAGAAGGUGAUCCCAAUGCUUCCCAGGCUGCUCUGUGAGGAGCUCUGCAGUCUCAAUCCCAUGCAAGACAGACUGACGUUCUCUGUGAUUUGGAAGUUGACUCCGGAAGGCAAGAUCCUCGAUGAGUGGUUUGGGCGGACGGUCAUCUGCUCCUGUGUGAAGCUCAGCUAUGACCAUGCACAGAGCAUGAUUGACAGCCCUGGGAAGGUGUUGUCACCUGAAGAGCUCCCCCCUGUCUCACCUCAGCACUCCAUAGCCGAGAUCCAGGAGGCUGUGCUGAGCCUGCAUCGAGUCGCGCAGCGCCUGCGCGAGCAGCGCUUCACCGAGGGUGCCCUGCACUUAGACCAGAUGAAGCUCUCGUUUACCUUGGACCAGGAGAGUGGGAUGCCUCAGGGCUGUUAUAUCUAUAAGUACCGGGACAGCAACAGGCUGGUUGAGGAGUUCAUGCUGCUGGCCAACAUGGCCGUGGCCCAUCGGAUCUACCGCUCCUUCCCCGAGCAGGCCUUCCUCCGCCGCCACCCCCGGCCCCAAAACAAGCUGCUGAAAGACCUCAUGGACUUUUGCAACCAAGUCGGCCUCGACAUCGACUUCAGCAGCGCGGGGACCCUGCAUAAAAGCUUAACUGAAAUAUAUGGUGCUGACAAAUAUUCCAGAGCAAGGAAAGAAGUGCUGACCUACAUGUUCUCCAGGCCCAUGCAGAUGGCUCUCUACUUCUGCACUGGCGUCCUGGCUGAUGAGACCCUCUUUCACCACUACGCCCUGAACGUGCCGUUCUACACUCACUUCACCUCUCCCAUCCGCCGCUACGCCGACAUCGUCGUGCACCGCCUGCUCUCCGCCUCGCUCGGUGCCACACCCCCCAUCAAGAUGGAAAAAGAGGCCAUCCAGAAACAGGCGGAUCACUGCAAUGACCGGAAGAUGGCUUCCAAGAGGGUUCAGGAGCUCAGUGCUGACCUCUUCUUCUCUGUCUUUGUCAGGGAAUGUGGUCCUCUGGAGUCAGAAGCCAUGGUGAUGGGUGUCCUGAGCAAGGCCUUUGAUGUCCUGGUGCUGAAGUUUGGAGUCCAGAAGCGCAUCUACUGCAAUGCGCUGCCCUUGGUGGACUUCCGCUUCCAGAAGGCGGGGAAGAAGCCAGAGCUGACACUUCUGUGGGAACCAGAGGAGCUGGAGGAGGAAUCUGUGCCCCAGGUGAUCACCAUUUUCACGCUGGUGGAGGUGGUGCUGACGGCGGAUGGUGCCCCCCUCAAGUACAGUGCCCUGCUCAAGAGGCCAAGCUUGGACAAGUGAGAGCCCUGACGCUGUGGGCUUCCCUCUGCUGCUGCUCCCUCACCUCCGAGGCACUGCUCCAGCACCCACGGGAGACAGAAGGGACUCACAAGGACUUUGGGGUUUUGAGUUUUAAAACCAUGGUGGUUUUAUUUCGAGUUUGGAUUUUAACUCCACCUGGGAGCAGGGCUCAGGGCUUGAGCCUGCCCCAGGCAAAACAUUUCUACUCUCGGGUAUUUUAAGCAUGAUGCUUUCUUAAUGUUUUUUUUUUUUUAAGGCAGUGGUGUCUAUCUGCAGCUUCAGUGCCAGUGGUGAGGACUGAGAGGGGAUGUGUGUCCCCAGGAGCAGAGAGGGGCUGGCUCCACCAUCCCAGGUGGGAUGUGGGUGCAGUGGGAUGCAGCCAAGGGGCCAUGCAGGAGGGUUUCUUGCAGGGUUCUAUGUAAUGUAAUAAAAGCCGGGUCAGCAGCUGUG